ACCAAAAAGAAGAAAACACGUUAAACUUGACGUGGACUAAAGUAGCUGGUUCAUGUUGAAAAUAAUAUUAUAAGUUAAAUCUUUCCAUUUAAAAGAGAAAAGACGCCAAUCAUUAAGAGAUAAAUGAGUAUUCAUAACAGAGAAAAUGAUCUUCAGUACUAACAUGUAUGGAAUGCUCAGUUUGGUGUUGUUACCAUUAAUUUUAAGUCAGUACACGGACGCGGCGGCCGUAAUAUCCAUCGAUUUAGGCUCAGAAUGGAUGAAGAUUGGAAUUGUGUCACCCGGCGUGCCAAUGGAGAUAGUUUUGAAUAAGGAGUCAAAGAGGAAGACUCCAGCUGUCGUGGCCUUCAGAGAUGGGGUCCGUACCUUUGGGGAAGAUGCUGUCACUGUGGGCGUAAGGUUCCCUAAAAACUCAUACAAAUAUUUGUUGGACCUCCUUGGAAAGUCAUAUGAUCACCCUAUGGUGCAGGCUUAUAAAAAACGCUAUCCGUACUAUAAUAUAGUGGCAAAUGACAGAGGAAUUCCAGAGUUUAUACAUGAUGAAAACACAAGGUUUACACCAGAGGAACUCAUAGCACAAUUGCUGGCUAAAGCCAAGGAAUUUGCUGAAAUUAGUCACGGCCAGCAAAUUAGUGAAUGUGUGAUAACUGUGCCCGGGUAUUUCAAUCAGGCAGAACGGCGUUCCCUCAAAGAGGCGGCAACGCUAGCCGGGUUGAAUGUGCUGCAGUUGAUCAAUGAUUACACUGGGAUUGCUAUCAAUUAUGGAAUAUUUAGAAGAAAGGAAAUCAAUGAGACGGCAUGGCACACGUUGUUCUUCGACAUGGGCGCCGCGUCUACUAAAGCGGUAUUAGUGGAGUACAAAACUGUUAAGACGAAGGAGAGGGGAUAUGUGGAGACUGUGCCCCAAUUGCAGGUCUUGGGCGUCGGCUUUGAUAGGACACUGGGAGGUCACGAAAUUACAUUGCGACUGCGCGAGCACCUGAUCAAAGCGUGGGAGGCUAACGGCGGCGGUGAUGUUAGGGCUUCGCCCCGUGCCAUGGAGAAGUUGCUGCGGGAGGCGGAGAGAUUGAAGAUUGUAUUGUCGGCCAAUACGGAACAUUACGCGCAGAUUGAAAGCUUGUUGGAUGAUAAAGACUUUAAGCAAUUGGUAACUCGCGCCGAAUUGGAAGAGUUGUGCUCCGACUUAUGGCCGCGCGUGUCGGGCGUGGUGCAGCGCGCGGUGGCGGCGGCGGGCGGCGCGGGCGGCGGCGCGCGCCUCGUGCUGGCGGGCGGCGCGGCGCGGGCGCCCGCCGUGCACGCCGCGCUCACGGCCGCCGUCGGACACGAACCCGCCAGGUCCAUUAAUGCGGACGAGGCGGCCACCAUGGGCGCUGUUUACAGGGCGGCGUCUUUAGCCACCGGCUACAAGGUGGCGCCACUGAACGUCCGCGACGCCGUGGUGUUGCCCAUACAAGUGGUGUUCUCUAGGAAUGUCGACGGCAAUGAGAAAUUGAUAAAACGCACCCUCUUCGGCCCAAUGAAUCCCUAUCCACAAAAGAAGGUAAUCACUUUUAAUAAACACAUUGACGACUUCACUUUCAACGUCAAUUACGCUGAAUUAGACCACAUCCCUUCCUCGGAAUUGGCAUACAUCGGAUCUCUAAAUCUAACACAAGUAAUGCUAAGCGGCGUAGGCGCAGCUCUAGCAAAACAUACUGGAGAAAAUGUGGAACACAAGGGUAUCAAAGCACAUUUCAACAUGGACGAUUCAGGAAUACUUAACCUAGUCAAUGUAGAAUUUGUAGCCGAGAAAACUGUCACAGCUGAAGACGAAGACAAAGAUAGUACCCUCUCUAAAAUAGGUAGCACAAUCAGUAAAUUAUUCAGUUCAGAUUCAGAACCAACUGAAAAACUGGAAGAGAAAACAGAGGAACCGCCUCAGGAAGCAGAUAAAAAUGAAACUUUGAAAACUAAUGAGACGGCGAGUGAAAAACAAAACGCGACCGAAACUGAGAAGCCUAAACCUAAAAUAGUGGUAUUGAAAGAACCGAUUGCAACUGAAGAACAAAUAUUGAACUUGCAACCGUUGACUGCUGAUCAGUUCAAGGCUUCGAAGACAAAAAUCAAUGAAUUGAACUUGAUAGAUAGGAAGCGAACGGAAAGAGAAUCGGCACUUAACAGCUUGGAAGCAUUCGUAGUAGAUGCUCAAAUGAAGAUUGAUAUGGAAGAAUACGCUGAAUGUGGAACGCCGGAACAAAUAGAAGAGAUCAAAAAAUUGUGCAAUGAAGUAUCUGAAUGGCUUUAUGAUGAUGGCUACGAGGCGCCCACUGAAAUGUUCGAAGAAAAAUUGGCUUUGCUGAAAGAUAAAACUAACCCGAUAUUCUAUAAACAUUGGGAACACAAUGAAAGACCUGACGCCAUCGCUUCUAUGCGCUCCAUGUUGAAUAACUCCAAUGAAUUCCUCAAAAUGGCCAAGAACUUUACUAAAGAGGUGAAUGCCGAUAAAGAUAUAUUCACUGACGUAGAAAUAAGUGUUCUAGAAAACAAAAUAAUUGAAACAGAAACUUGGUUAAAUAAAUCUAUUAAAGAACAGGAGGCGUUAAAGAAAAAUGAGGAUGUUAAAUUAACUAUCGAUAGUAUAAGAGAAAAAAUACAGAGUCUAGAUAGAGAAGUGAAAUAUCUGUUGAGCAAGAUGAAAAUAUGGCGGCCGAAGAAACCGGUAAAGAAAGAAUCCGAUAAUAAAACUGAGACGGUGAUAGAACCGGAGGGCAAAGGGGACGAGCCGGAAAAAUCGGAAACACAAGAGGAAUCUCCGGAAAGUGUUCCCGAAGUGAGUGACGCGGAUAAAGAGGCGGACGCGACAGAGGCGCCCCCGCAGCUGGCCGACGGCAAUGACGAACAUUCCGAAUUAUAAUGAGUGGAGUAAUUUAUUGUAUUAGCCUAAUUUAUUUUUUAAUUUGAAACUACUGUCUGUUCGCUUUUCGAAUUAUUUCUUAAUAUAAUAUGGAUUAUCGAUUUUACUCUUCCCAAUUUUAACUUUCUAAUAUAGACAGUUUAAUUGAUAGAAUGCAAAAAAUUUGUAUUGUGUGCACCAUAGUAUUUAAAGUUGAGAUUUUUAUAACUUCACAAAUAUAUAAUAUUUACCUAGCUAAUAAAAACUUUUUAUAGGUAUUAAUAAUUUUUUACCACAUUUCAAAAAGCGAACAUAUAGUUUUUCACAAUCUCAAAUCAGACAGGCCGCCUUUCUAAAAUUCCGUUAAAAAUCUAUUUAUUGUUCGGUUAUUUUUUUAUUGGUUGUUUGAACUUGGAAGUGCGGCUUUCUCUCUUUUCUAUGAUUUUCCAGUGGCCCCACAAACACAGAUGACGCGAGGAACGUUAUAUAUUUAUUGUAAUUAAUCUUUAUGUGAUAUAUAAAGGCUAUAAGUUGUGUGUUGGUGUUCCCGCUACAGAGUCGACAAAUUAUACUAUUGUCGAUAUAUAAUAUCGCGCAACUUGAAAUAAAAGAAAGAUCUCUCCAUUUUUCUGUAGCCUGUAUCCAAUAACACAGAUUUAUUUUCCUGUGAAUUCGUUGUACUGAAUGCAAUUUAAUUGUUUUUUCUAGGAUUAUUGUAUUUCUAUAACUAUAACUAUUGUAAUUUUUAUAUUUAGUAAAUUUUUGGUAAUAUGAUGUCAGUUUUUUUAUAAUUGCAUUUUAAGAGCGUUCCAUGAUACAUUUAUAGGUUUUGUCCUCUUAGCUAUUAUUCCUUACGCAUUUCAUUUUUCACGACACGAGUGUACUACGUGUUUAUAUGGCACAAAAUUUAUAUGAACAUGUUAAUUUGAGAUGUGUGACUUCUAUAUUACAGUGGUAAUAUUAAUUGUACGUGGGUUCUGUAGCAUGGGAACAAACGAAUUUACGUCUAAGUGAGAGUUGUUCAGUAUCCAGUCGCAAAUGGAAAUAAAUUAUACGAUGAAUGAAA